UGGUCAUUUUGUACAUCAUGGAAAGUCUGGACAUUUUCCUUCUGUCUUCAAGUGACAUCUACUGUAUAUGCAUUGUAUAUGCAUAUGCAAGACAAAAAUUUUCUUAGCUUAUAAGAAAACCCUUUCCCUUGGCUUCUGCCAAACAAAGCAGAAACUUUUCUUCUGGGUAAGAUUUGAGGGGGAGGGGACAGGCAGACCUCUCUCAAAUAGCUAGAGGAUUGUAUCAUGGCAACCGUCUCAGAGAGGUCAGACCCACUUCAGACAUGCUAGACCUUCUUGACCCAUUUUUAUUCCCCAGGUUGCCAAGCAGGGCAGUGUGGUCUGAACUUUUGCCCUCUGAAGCACUACUGUAGCAUUUCACCCUGCUAUGUUGUUAGCUACAUCUAGAUUUGAAACAAAGGUGACAACAGAAGAGCUUUGUCCAAGAAAAUUCACAUGUCAUUGAUAUAAAUUGAUGUUGGAGAAGUAUUUUUUAAGAUUAACAAUGGAAGUUUGGAUACUCUACUUUAUCUAGUUUUUGGCAGUUACAAAUUAAGUAGGUACUUGGACUGUUAUCUGAGCAGCCUGUCUUUGAUAGUGUUCUCUUGUUGUAAAUAACUGUUCACUUUCAAGGAGUUCCUUAUUGGUAGUUGCAAGUGUUGUCACAUACGUAAUGUUGAAUAAAUGGGAGACCCAUACAUGCACUACACCACAAAACAGAUUAAAGGUAUACAACUUAUGCCAACAAAUAUUUGUAAUUGAUUUUUUGCUAUACAAGUUUUUCUUUUACAAAGCCAACCCCAAAACAAUAUCCCAACAGCCUCUAUGAGUCAAAGACUAAAAGAGGAACUGGGCAUUGGUCCCCAAAUCGACUUGGAAGCUACAGCUCAGGGUCUUUUGGAGGUCAACCCAUAUUGCAGCCUCCCACGAGAAGGUGACUGGGACAGGCUGAUUGGUCAAUUCGCAGUUACAGGGGCAGCAGUGCUGGUCAUUGAUUGGCCCCCAGUUUUGGCUCCCAAUUUUGGCGGGAAACUUGGUGUACAUGUGCAGCCCAACACAGCAAGCCCUGACUCCAGCUUGGUGGGUCCUACAGCAGCCUACCCACUAGCCCUCCAGAAGAGAUUUUUUUAGAGUGGCAAACUUGAAGUUCAUGACAAAGAAUGUGGACUGCUAAGCUACCACCGUACUGUGACCUGGCACAGGCUGCAAGGUACAGGCCGCUAAGCCCAGAGGAUCACAAACUUGUGACUAAUCUACUUGAAGCACCUCCUAGCAGAAUAAGCCACAGGGACCUGUUGACUCUUGAGGAUGAGAAAUGGAUCUCAGACAAUGUCAUUGAGCUUUAUCUUCCAAUCAUCAAGGCAGCUGAACAGACUUGUAAAAUUGAGUACUUUAACUGCUCUGCAUAUGAUCAGCUGAGGUUGAGAAAACAGUUUGGCAAGUACAAGAAUAGACAGAAAACUCCAAAGGACAUACAAGGAAGUGAUAUUGUCUUUAUGCCAGUAUAUCAAGCCAGUCACUGGGGGUUGUUGGUGUACUAUGUGAAGAAGAAGUGGGUAGUUUUAAUGGACUCAUUACAAAGCUCACACUGCAUCAAUCAGGUUACAGCACUGGCAAGAGCAAAGCGAUUCUUGACAUUCUAUUUGCCAAAAAAUGAGCUGAACUGGAAGGACUGGACCUUCUACAUGCCUCCAGCUGAUGAAAUCCCUCAGCAAACGAAUGGAAAUGAUUGUGGAGUCUUUGUUUGCCAGUAUGCUUUGCAUCUUGCCAGGAAGAUACCGUUGAACUUCUCACAGGUGGCAAUACCUAACAUCCGCAAGUGGAUGGUGCUGGAAAUAUGCACUGCGUCACUAAGGGAGGAUCGCAUUAAGAUGUUGCAGCUUGAUUCAAGUUCGCCAACAAGAAGAAAAAGAGAGAGGGAUGGUUUGAAGAAGAGGCGUCACAGGUCACCAUCACCAUUGCCAGUAAACAGGUCUCUUCAGUUUUCUGAUUGGUUUAAGUCUGAGAAUACAUUUAGCUCUGAUUCUGGGAUGGAUGCUGAUGUCAGCAACAACACUUUAACCUCUGAAGACAUUGAAACAUCACCCAUGGCACAGCCAUCAACCUCAACGCCCAAAGAGAUGAAUGUGAAAUCAACAAAAGGUGGAAGGAAGAAGGGUGGAAAAAGAAAACAUUUGUCCUGCGGAAGAGAGGGUAUAACUACUGCCUGGACUACAACCUGCCCAUGUCCCAGAGACUGCUGUGAAAAAAUAGGCUUGGAUAUCAUCCGCCAUUGCAGGGAGACAUUUUGGGCCUUGAAGAGGGACCAGCAGAAGUCCUUCAUAUACAACACCCUGCAACAUGCGGACAGGAGGCAGGAAGUCAACAGAAGCUACGAGUUCUCCAUUCAGGGACAUGUUGUCUGCCACCUUGGAUGGCGCAUUGUGAACGGGGUUGGCCGGUCAAGGUUUUAUGAAGUCAAGUCUGACUAUGAGAGGGGAAGACUUCCAGACUAUGAAGAUGGAAGGCAAGGCAUGGAGUACCCCACCAGAAAAUGGCUAACAGCCAAGGAGUGGCUGCAACAGUACGCAAAGAAGUUUGGGGACACCAUGCCAAACAGCCCAGAUGUGCAUCUUCCACAAUGUGUGAGCAGAAAUGAUAUCCAUCAAUUAUACCAGGAAGAUCUGUGGUAUGAGGGGACCCUCAAGAGGUCACGAUUCAACGUGAUGUGGAAAAAAGAGCUUCGUCAUGUCAAGAUUCCACCACAAAACAGAUUCACAAAGUGUGAUGAAUGUGACGACUUAAAAGACCUGUUGAACCGUGCAAAAACAAAAGGGGACAUCCAGAAGGUGAAGGAGAGAAGGAGUGCCCAUUUCACACUGCAAAGUACCGCCAGACAGAAGUACUACAGUCAUAUCAAAAAAGCAAAACAACAGCCAGACAACUAUCUAUCACUCAUAAUAGACUCUAUGGAUCAGAACAAGACCUUCCUGCCACAUUUUGCUACACUGACUAAGUCAAAAUCCAAUCUCAAGCCCCUGAAGUUCCAUCUCACUGGUGUCCUGGCCCAUGGGCAGAAAAAGUCCUUCAUCUAUGCCUGGACGCCCAAGUUCCACAUGGACACUAACAUAACCGUUAAUGUUCUAAUCAGUGUACUUCAAGACUUAUCAAAGGGCUAUGGUGGACACCUACCAGGUACAUUGUACCUCCAACUGGACAACUCUGCAAAAGAGUGUAAGAAUAAAUAUAUAAUCGCAUUCUGUGCAUGGUUGGUGAAGCGGCAGAUUUUUAGGAAGGUUAAGCUUGGCUACUUAAUGCCAGGACACACACAUGAGGAUGUCGACCAGAUGUUCAGUAGAAUCUCGACAUACCUUGAAAGACACGACGCCACUUCCCUUCCAGAACUAUUUCAGGCAGUGAAGGCAAGCUAUAACCCAAGUCCAGACUGCAGAUUCAUGAAUUCAAUGUGGGAUUUUAAGACUCCAAUAGACCAGCAGAUCGCCAACAUCUCCGGACACUCCAGACCACACACAUUUACAGCUCAGAUGGUAGGUGGGGAAGUCAAACUGUCUGCUCAGCUGUGGCCGACAAAAGGAGAGAUUAAAGUAGAUAUCCCCACCAAUGUCUUUAUCCCACAGUUUCCCAAGUUGUCGUCUGUUCGGGAAUGGAAAUUUGAUGCUGAUGACAAUGCAGUGAAAGAACAUGACACAAUGGUUCAGGUUUUAAAGAAUGACUUGGUGAAGUGGAGUGAGACAGUGCGGGUUGAAGAGGGAUUCAUUCCCUGGUGGGAGAACUUUCUAAUGCAGGAGAAAAGGGAACCAGGGAAACCUGAGUGGAAGAUAAGUACUUUCAAGAAAUAUAGGCCACCUGUUGAUAAGGAGUCUGUGCUAACAGACGAAGCCGAAGCUAUUCUGGACAAACACAAGAGGAAAAGGAAUGCUCCGCUUAAUAUCAUAGUGAAGGGUAAGAGAAAAUUGGGAAAGACUGCAAACUCUCAGCAAUCUGUGAAAAAGUUAAAGAAGUAAUUGUACAUGAUUGUAUAUUUCUCCCAUGUUGCCAUCCUGUUUUUGUUGCUCACAAUCACUUCUAGUUCUACAUCAAAUCUAUCAGGCAUGAAAUGGUUUACCUGGUUCCCUUUUUUCCUGCUUUAGAACAUUCUACCACCAGGGAAUAAAAUAAAUGGUUUGUCACUGACUCUGCUGUAUUUGUAAAUCUACAAUGUUUUUCUUGCCUUUGAUGUUCUUCUUAAAGAAUCAUGAUCAGAAGAUAAUAUAUCCUCUUCUGUUUAGUUUGUGACUACUGGUAUACAAUGUGUGUUGUUUGAUUUUGUAUGACACUACAGUGUAUAACUGCCUGAACUUAAUGUUGUUUUAAAUGAUGCUGCUCUAAAUUUACUGAAGCAUUCAAAUAUGUUUUGUUUUUAAUGGGUGAAUAACAUUGAAUGAAAUACAAUAUGAAUUUUUUAUCACUGUAUCAACCAGGGUACUGACUUCACUGCGUGAAGGGUCACUUGACAGCCUUACAGUAAGUUAGACCAUAAUUGUAGGUAUGAGUCAUGACGGUCCCCAAAGCUUUCAACAUUGCUCCAUGUUCUUUUACUGCAUUAUCUAAUUUAUGUAUGCAGAGCUUUCUUUUUUCAUUAAUUGAUUGUUACUUGUUGAUGAGGCUCUUUGCUCUUUAAUGGCAGUUAUCAAUUAUUUAGUUAUUACAAACUGAUGUCUUUUCUCAUUUAUUUAUCAAGAAAAGCUGAGCAAACAUGCUGUAUGACUAGCUAAGGAUCCGCUUCCAGGGUUGGUGUCCUGAAUCUAUAUUGUAUACAACAUGUUGAAUAUUGUUAUAUGUGUACCUGGUUACAUCUGUGACCAGAAUUUAAAAUCAUUCUAAGGGUCUCAAGAAUAUGUAUAGGACCUGGUCAUCAACUGUGUUUGUUUGAAACUUAGCUAAGAAGUGUGAAUCUACAUUUUGUAUAUUUCAGUAUUCCUUCUAUUGAUCAAGAAGGCAAUGUUACUUUUAGUAUUUGCUACUUAUGAUGAUGAAUAUUUACUCCUGUACAUAGUAAGUGAGGAGAAAUGAAGCAGUCAUAUUGGACAACAGUUGUACAUUGUUUGUAAUUACCGUACGGUACGCAUAUAUAUAUAUAUAUAUAUAUGUAGCACAUUUCCAUUGUGCAAUCCUAUAUCAACUAUCUUUCAGUGCUUGCGGUGAGUCGAGACUAAGUGUUAAUCCUCUGCUCUGGCAUAGAUUUUGGUAUACAAUGUAGAGUACUGAUGUGUGCAUUUCAUCAGCAUGUGUUAUUCUAUGCCUCCACAUACUGCGUUUUCUGCUGUUGUUUUUUCUCUGAUAAAACAAAGAUCAAAGCAGAUCGAGUCUAUAAUCCCUCUAAUCCAUUGUGUAUGACUGGAAGCCUUUGUACAGUUCACUGUUAAGAGAAAGUGUGGACUGUACAACUUCUACUGGCCUGAAUGCUACUUAAAAUGUUGUUUCCUAAAACCACCCAUGGGGUGCUGUUUGAAAACCAUAUAAUGGGGUAUAAUCAAUGAGGUUUCUUUAUAAGAUAAGACCUUCAGUUGGUAUAAUUCAUUCAUGUGUAUAUUUUAUCCAUUUUAUACACCUUUCAAUCAUUAGCAUACAGCACAAGGAAGGGUUAAGCUAAGACAGAGUUGCAGUUAAGCCACUCAACACCUGUCUUGGUAUUUUUCAGCUUUGUAACAAGGUAGUAAAGAUGCUGCCUGGCCCAAAUUUCCAUCUUACAUUUCAUGCACAAACAGUCUCCAGUUCUGAAUUAAAGUGACAAGUUUCCUAUCAAAUCUAUAACAAUUGUAACUGUGUUACAAAAUUGUUAUAUGAUCAUAGUUUUGUUGACCUGCAUUUAGCCCCUUCAGGAUAUAAAGGUACACCGAAUGGCUUGGCUAUAUGUUGUAAUGUAGCUCCGAGGUCACAGUUUGGACAAAUGAAGAAAUUUUGAUAUAAUUUCUGAAUGCAAUAACCUAUGUCCUUUCAUUAGAUCUACACACAUAAGCUCCAGGAUGUUCACACCAGGACAAAUACACCUUUGAAUAUUGUUCUGUAUCAAAGUAUUUACCAAGACCAGUAAUUUGUAUACUAAGUGUAGCCUUUUUUGUUUUAGUUCAGACUUUCAUAUUUCUGCAGAAGUCUGCAUUAUGGUUGCAGAAUUCUGUGUCUGCAUUCAGAAUUCUGCACCUAUUGCACAGAAUUCUGCAGAACUUACAUGUUGUAUAGCCUAUAACCAGGAUUUUGUUUUGCUUGGGGGUAAAUUUUUUGGAGUAGUGAGUGCUGCAGACUCUCUAUGGCCAUGGAUCCCAUGGGUAUGGGUUUGAAAAUUCAAUCCUUGGAAAUAGCUUUUUUUUCAUUUAUGAGAAAAAAAUUAAGACUGUCAAUAACAGUCCUCUCAAGAGAGGGAAUAUUUAUUCUUUUUGGGUUCGGAACUUCCUCUGAGCGUUCGGUGGGUAUUUGCCCACCACCCUGCCUACAGGCAUGUAUUUUGAUAUAAUUUUUGGAUACAAUAACUGAAUAAGCUAUGGCCAUUCAAAAGUUCAAAGCAUACAAGCCCUACACUAUACACACAAGCACAACACAACUUUGUGCAUUUCUCUGCAGCAAAGCAUUCACCAAUAAACUCUGCCAUCUCCAUGCAUACCUAAAUUAAGAUGCCAAAUUUCAAUUCAAGUUAUUGUGCUAUCAUUCACACAGCUAAUUGUAUGCACGGUCAGGAUCAGUCUAUUUCAGUUAGGUACAUGUACAAUGUACAUGGUAUACUUUACCCUUGAUUGUUCUUUCAAAUUUCUGCAGAAUUCUGCAUGUGGACACAGAAUUCUGUGUCAUGGGCACAGAAUUCUGUGUCAUGGGCACAGAAUUCUGUGUCAUGGGCACAGAAUUCUGCACAGAAUUCUGCGUCUGCCUGCAGAAUUCUGUGCCUGUCGCAGAAUUCUGCGCAGAAUUCUGCAGAAUUUUGCAGAUUUGACAAGUCCCUGGAGACCAAUCAAUGUUACCUACAUAUCUUUUAUGACCAUGUUUGUCAUAUCUAGAAAUAUCAUGGGUGUUGGUUCAAAGUAGAAGGAGAAAUCACAGGCUGUCCAGAAUUAGAGUGACUGUCCAGAAUUAAAGUG